GUGCGAGCGCUAAACGUCACUCAUCUCUAUUUUGCCGUAUUUGCCUUUGUUGCUGUUGCUGGCUGAGAUUGUUGAGUUAAAAAAAUCAAAAUAGUCAAUCAUUAUUUUUACAAUAUUUUCAUAUUAAAUUGAGCUUACAAAAUGCCAAUUCUAGCAGAGCUUGCCGGCGACGAAAACAGUGGCGAACACUCGCGCACGUUUGUUUUCGAAGACGAGGGUCACACACUGGGUAAUGUGCUCAAGAGCAUCAUCUGCAAAUAUCCGGACGUGAAUUUCUGCGGCUACACGGUGCCUCAUCCGGCGGAAAAUAAAAUGCACUUCCGAAUCCAGGCCGCCAGAAACGUUCGGGCCAUCGACAUACUGAAGCGCGGGCUAGAGGAUUUGGAACGUGUUUGCGAUCACACGAUUGAGACGUUCGAAGCGGCAAUUGCGACGCAUCAGCAGCAUAGUUAAGGCAGAAUCAAAUAAGUUUGAGUAUGUAAAUUUUUGUAAUUUUUUCAUAAGAUAUACUAUGAGUUGAUAAUAAACAGGAACGACAAAUUCUGUA